AUGCAAAAUUACAUUAAUUCUUCUCAUCUAACACAAAAACAACUCAUCAAAUAUAUUGAAUUCAAAAAUACUCCAUUUAUUGAACUCUAUGUCAAAUUUACAGAAAUCAAUAACCUUUAUGAAUUCUAUAAAUUUAUAGAAGUUAGUAAAACGCUCUCCCAUCUAUUUGAUUGCUAAUCCUCUGAUCUUUAUUACUAAGUUGCUCUUAUUGAUCACAAAAUUUAGGAACAUAUUACUUUAGACUAUCAUAAUCCUAAAUUUUAGUACUCACUUAAUGAGUCUUAAAAUUACAUCUAACUAAAUAAAUAAGAAAGCAUAUAAAUGUUUAUGCAAUAUCUUAAAUUAAAAGAUCAAUUCAUACCCUUUUCAAUUAAAUUUCAACAGUCCGAAUUUGGAUUGUUUAUAGAUUAACUUGAAAUUUUAAAAACCAUUUUUAAGAAGGAUAUCGAAGUUAAAGUUUAGAGAGAAGGUGACCAUAAAUUACAUUAAAUGAGACGCUCAUAUAAGGAAAAAAAGAAAACUUAAAGAGCAUAAAUUAAUAAAUAGAAAAAUAUUAGGAAAUAUUAAGAUUAAUUAGAUACAAAAGAGAAUUCUUUAAGAUUAGAUCAUACUUCCUCAUAAGAUUCCACAUUAAUUAAUUUAAUUGAAAAUUCUAAUAUAAAUAGUCUGAUAUCCGAGAAGAAUUAAAUCUAUAAAUAAUUUGGAAGUACAUUCAUUGGAGAUUAAGAAUUCCAAUAAUUAUUCAAAAAAUCUUAUUUAUGUUAAUCUGAAUAUGAAAUAGAGAACUAAGAUAAUUUAAUAAUAUUUGAUUCUACUACGGGGAUUAAAAUUGAAAUCAAACAAUCCAUAUCAAACGUUUCCUUCAAGUAGGCAAUAGUUAAUUUAGAAUAUCAAAAAUACUUUUAAGAAAUGUCAAAAGGGAAAAACAUAAUCAAAAUAUAUUAUAUUGAUUUAAUUGGGAAAUCUUAUACCGAAUUCAGUAACAACUUGGUUUUUUAUACUAAUUUUGAAAUGGCAUUAAAAGAGUUCAAAGACAGUAAAGACUCUUAUUUAAUAUAAUUUGAAACCUGUUCUGAGUUUCAAUUUAUACAAUUAAGAAAUUCGUAAAUUAAAUUGCAACAAAGCAAUAGAGUGAUACCCAUAAUAAUUAUAACUAAUUAAAAAUGA